AUGUUAAAUCACGGAGCCGGGGAGCAUGAACAGGUCAGCCAUGAUGAUCGAGGUGGAGCAGGGAGUCCAUGGGGGAAGUGGCGACAGCAGGAAGGGAUAGGUGAUGGGGUAGAAACUGGGAGCAGGGCGGACUUCGGAUCGGAGCUAGAGGAGGAUGGAGCGGAUAAAAAGGCGAACCCAAUACCCGGCGGAUUGUGGAGAUUGGGAGGAGAAGGACCCGGAACCCGCUUACCCGGCAACAGGCGGCCAUUGGGCCUAGUCAUUCCGUUUGCAGGCCCAUGGAAUAAAGAGGCAGAUUGUAACCUAAUUAGGUUUUAUGGAAAAAUUGUUAAGUCUUUGCUCUUCUCAUCAUCUUCUUCCUCCUUCUUCCUCGCCUCCAAAUCUUCGACUAUCCUUGUCGAGAUACCAGUUGAUUGGUCAUCAUUCUCUACGCCAUCCUCGUCUCAGCGAAUUAUCAUCAUCGACCGGUUGCGUAGAGUCAGGCACGACAAGAUUGGGGGCAAGCGAGGCAACAAGUUUCGAUUUAACCCAAAGGAGUAUCUGGAAGACUUAGAUAUGGCUGAAGGGACCCGAUUAAGGGAUAUUAGUGAUCACAUCCACUCUUUAGAAGAGAAGUACCAGAAGUUGGGAACAGAGCAUCAAGUUCAUAUCGAAGCACUUACCCACCAGCUAGCCGAAGUGAGGGAUACAGGGCAAAAGCAAUUCGAGUUGCUGCAAGCUGAGGCUGCCAGGAGACAUGAGGAGCUGCUGAAGCUUAUAUCCGCCCAGCCACCUACACUCAAGACUCCAGGCGAGGCGCCCUCAUCCGAACGCAAGUACAAGCCUGGAAGUAGUAGCACACCAAUUAUGAUCAGAGAAGAGAAAGGUAAAGGCAUUCUACCCACUCCAAGCAAACCACUUGAGAUGGAGGAAGAGCACACUUCUCCGUGGGGUCAUCGAAGUUUCAAUCAUCACCAGCAUUUACCCUACCCUCGCUUAGAUUUUCCGUCAUUCGAAGGGGAAGAUCCCAGAAGUUGGAUCGAAAAUUGCGAGCAAUACUUCGAGUUAUAUCAAAUACCUCAACAUCAAUGGUUAAGUGUAGCAACGAUGCACCUGAUCGGCAAGGCAAAGACGUGGAAGCAAGGGUAUUUCGUCAAUAAACAGAUGGUUUCUUGGGACGAAUUUACCGAAGCAGUGUGUCGAAGAUUUGCUCAAGUAGGGGAAAGGUACCUGAUCCGAGAGUUCAGCAACUUGAAACACACGGGGACAUGCGAGAAAUAUCAAGAAAGGUUUGAGGAACUAAGGUACCAAUUACUUUACUACAAUCCGCAUUUAACAGAAGAAUACUUUAUUGCAUGUUAUAUUAACGGGCUCAAAGAGGAGUUGAUUCACUUCUUGGACAUCGCACAUCCGAAAACAUUGGAAAAAACUUAUGAGCAAGCACAGUUGCACGAGAAGGCCAUAGCCGCACUUAAUAGAAGAAACAAAUAUUUACCCAGAGGUUCGGGAGGCCCAUACCAAUCAUCCUCGCCCUACAGAAGCAAUAUUGGAACGGGGCUUAAUAAGGGUGGCGAAAAUUUAAGAAACCAGUACCAAACUUCACAAAGAAAUCAGGUAACUCAGAACCCGGUCAACAGGCAGUUAAUAGAACAGCGGAGAGCAGCAGGACUGUGUUUCAGGUACAGAGAAAAGUAUCACCCAGGACACGUAUGCAACAGUAAGUCCUUAAACACUUUACAAGCUUCCGAGGAAAUUGUUGAAGUUUAUGAUGAGGAUUGUUUACAUGAAGAAACGGGUGAAGGAGGAGUUGUAGACGGAGAAGAGCAGGGAUCAGGGGCUAUACCUGAUAGUGAAGAAGCGCAAGAAAUCGGUGUUUCAGUCCAUGUGCUUAGUGGGGAGAAGCCUCAAGACACCAUUAAGAUACGGGGCGAAGCCAAGAACAGAACGCUCACCCUUCUAAUCGAUACUGGGAGCACGCAUAGUUUUAUCGAUUUACGGGUAGCCAAGGAAAUUGGAGCAAGGAUGGAAGCAGCCCCGCCUUUGGUGGUCACCAUAGCUGAUGGACACAAGAUGUUAAGCAAACUUAAGUGCCCUGAAUUUUCAUGGACUAUGCAGGGGCAAAGGUUUGUAACGGAGUUACGAGUAAUCCGAAUCGAGGGUGUCAGCAUUGUGUUGGGCAUUGACUGGCUUAAGUCUUAUGGGAAGGUGACCUUCGAUUUCUUGCUAAAUUCGGUUACCAUCGUAAAGGACGGGCAGAAAUUGGAGUUAAAGGGGAUUGAGGAAGGAGCUAAAUUGAAAAUGAUCACGGCAGCCCAGUGGAAUCAGGAGAUGUGUACGGGGGAGUGCUAUCUGUUGAGCCACCAAUUGAUGCCCGACAAAACCGAGGCAACAGCAAACGUCCACCCCUGGAUUCAGCAGGUUCUGGAGCAAUAUAAGGAUGUUUUCGAGGAGCCGAAAGGGAUGCCACCAGCCCGCGUUGAGGACCACAAAAUUCUGCUACAACCCAACACGGCUCCCAUUAACGUAAGGCCGUAUAGGUACUCAUAUGAGCAAAAAGAAGAGAUUGAGAAACAAAUAAGGGAACUAUUGAAUAACUCAAUAAUACAGAGGAGUAACAGCCCAUUCGCUUCACCGGCCUUGUUGGUUAAGAAAAAGGACGGAAGUUGGAGGAUGUGUAUUGAUUACCGUCAACUUAACAAAUCUACCAUAAAGGAUAAAUUUCCCAUACCUAUCAUCGAUGAUUUAUUAGACGAGCUGGGAGGUUCGAAACACUUCUCCAAAAUAGAUCUUCGAUCCGGCUAUCAUCAAAUCAGGAUGGACCCCGCCGAUGUUCCAAAGACAGCAUUCCGAACUCAUCAAGGGCAUUAUGAGUUUCGGGUUAUGCCCUUUGGCCUCACCAACGCACCUGCCACUUUCCAGGCGAUUAUGAAUUGCACGUUCGAACCCUAUCUAAGGAAGUUCAUUUUGGUGUUCUUUGAUGAUAUAUUGGUCUAUAGUAAAAGUCUGGAGGAUCAUGUGAAACACUUGCGGAUUACAUUGGAAGAGUUGCGGAGAAAUCAAUUAUAUGCUAAACGGAGCAAGUGUUACUUUGGGCAAGACCAGGUGGAAUAUUUAGGCCACAUAAUUUCAGCAGAGGGCGUAGCUACAGAUCCGACCAAAAUUGAAGCUAUGAUCAAUUGGCCAACACCUAAGUCGGUUAAAGAGCUUCGGGGAUUUUUAGGACUAACAGGAUACUACCGAAAGUUCAUUCAAGGAUAUGGAAAGAUUAGUAAGCCCUUAACCGACUUAUUAAGAAAGGAUCAGUUUUGUUGGAGCGAGGAAUCCCAAUUAGCCUUCGAAGAGUUGAAAACUGCUAUGACUACCGCCCCGGUAUUAGCGAUGCCCAAUUUUGAUCGAUCUUUUACUUUAGAAGUUGAUGCGUGUGACACAGGGAUAGGGGCAGUAUUGUCUCAAGACGAGAAACCCAUUGCUUAUCUGAGCAAGGCAAUUGGAGGAAAACACUUGGGAUUAUCGACAUAUGAAAAAGAGUUCCUAGCUAUACUCAUGGCCUUGCAAAAGUGGAAGCACUAUUUGAGCAUGAGGACCUUUGUGAUUAGGACGGAUCACGAAAGUCUAAAAUACCUAUUAGAACAGAGGGUGACAACUCCGAUGCAACAAAAGGGAAUGAUGAAGUUAAUGGGAUUUGAUUACACCAUCCAGUACAGGAAGGGGAAGGAAAAUGCGGCGGCCGAUGCCUUGUCAAGAGUGACAGGGGAAAAGGGCGUUACUUUAGCUAUAACAGCGGCGAUACCGAGCUGGGUGCAGGAAGUGACUGAGAGUUAUUUGGGAGAUCCCCAGUGCGAGAAGUUGAUCUGUGAGCUUCCUUUACAGUCAACUAAUCAAGGGGAUUAUUCGUACCACAAUGAAUUGCUGAGGCAUAAAGGUAAGCUGUACAUUGGGAAAUCAGGGCACCUGAGGGAGAAGGUUAUCGAUCAAAUGCACAAUUCCGCAUUGGGAGGCCAUUCAGGUAUCCAGAAUACUUACCGCAGAAUUAAACAACAUUUUUAUUGGCCGGGAUUAAAGAAGGAAGUAGAAGAAUGGGUAAAAGGAUGUGCAACAUGCGCUCAGAACAAGGUGGAUGGAACUCCACAUGCGGGCUUACUGCAGCCUCUACCUAUACCACACCAAGUUUGGGAGGAGGUAAGUAUGGAUUUCAUAGAGGCCCUACCCAAAUCAGAAGGGAAGGAUGCGAUUAUGGUUGUGGUAGAUAGACUUACGAAGUACGCCCAUUUUGUGUCUUUAAAGCACCCUUUUUCAGCACCAGUAGUGGCAAGAACUUUCAUGGACACCAUUUAUAAAUUGCACGGAUGUCCGAAGAGGAUAGUCUCAGAUAGGGACAAAAUAUUCACAAGCCAGUUUUGGAAGGAGCUUUUUCAGUCCAUGGGAACUAAAUUGCAAAUGAGCUCGGCUUAUCAUCCGGAGACUGACGGCCAAACGGAACGAGUGAAUCGAUGUUUGGAAACUUAUCUAAGAUGCCUUUGCUUCCAACAUCCAAAAAAAUGGCAUUCCUGGUUAGCUUUGGCAGAAUGGUGGUACAACACGAGUUUCCACUCCUCGAUAGGUAUGACCCCAUAUGAAGCGCUAUACGGGUACCCUCCCCCCAACUAUUUGGUGACCUCAAUUACCUCUAGCACAUCUCCGGAAUUUAGAGAAUGGGCUAAGGAAAGGGAAGGCUUAACUCAUGAGCUAAGGGAUCGGCUACAAGUAGCACGUAGUAGGAUGAAACAACAGGUCGACCGACAUCGAAAAGAGAAAGAGUAUGCCAUAGGAGAUUGGGUAUACCUCAAAUUACAACCCUAUAGACAAACCACUGUGGCUAUAAGGAGGAACCUGAAGCUAGCUGCGAGGUAUUACGGACCUUUCCAAAUUAUGGAGCGCAUCGGUCCAGUAGCAUACAAGUUGCAACUACCCGAGGGGUCAAGGGUGCACCCAGUGUUUCAUGUGUCUCUGUUAAAGAAAAGUUCCCCAGCAGCUGUGCCGGCUUCACCGAACGUGCCGACCUUAAGAGAAGACGAUGAGUUACUGACGGAGCCUGAGAAGAUCCUGGAGAGGAGGAUGGUACAAAGGGGUAAUAAGGCUGUGACCGAAGUGUUGGUGAAAUGGGGAGCCGAGGAGCAUGAACAGGUCAGCCAUGAUGAUCGAGAUGGAGCAGGGAGUCCAUGGGGGAAGUGGCGACAGCAGGAAGGGAUAGGUGAUGGGGUAGAAACUGGGAGCAGGGCGGACUUCGGAUCGGAGCUAGAGGAGGAUGGAGCGGAUAAAAAGGCGAACCCAAUACCCGGCGGAUUGUGGAGAUUGGGAGGAGAAGGACCCGGAACCCGCUUACCCGGCAACAGGCGGCCAUUGGGCCUAGUCGUUCCGUUUGCAGGCCCAUGUUCCAUCGAUUCGACCCACGAGGAGUCUCAGCAGCCCGAUUCAUAA